GGCUCCCUGUACGGUGAAGCAGAGAAGUUUGAAACUUUGCGGGUCAGUAGUUAGUAGUGAGAGAGAGCGGAGGGUACUUUGGCCACCAUGACCAGCGAAGAACUAUCACCAAUGAAACUGGAGACUGUUAUCCAGCACCUGGAAGAUGUGGUUCUGAAUCCAGGGAGUUCGGUUGAGGACAGGGCAUUAAGUGUACGAAGUGGAGAGGGUGAGAGGGAUGCGCUUACUCCUGUGCCUGCACGCAUCAGGGAAAUCGUCACGCAGAACCUGAGAGAGGAUUCAGCAUACAUGUCCCCAGAAUCUCAUCUAAAUCUCAGUUUGCAAGAGGAAAACAGGUCUCUGCAAGAUGAAUUAUUGCGAAUGGAAGAUCUUCUCUCAUUAACACGCUCUGAACGAGAAGACCUUUCCAUAAGAAACCAGGCCUUGAAUGAGAAGUUGGAGCAGUAUCAGAGUCACCGUUCAGGAGAAACAGAAGCUGUGUUAGACUUGCGGCAGCGCUUCCAUGAGGAGGAGAUGGCAUAUAAACGCAAACUGUCAGCCUAUCAGGAGGGGCAGCAGAGGCAAGCUCAGCUGGUACAGAGAUUACAAGACAAGGUUUUACAGUAUAAAAGGAGGUGUAGAGAACUGGAGCAGCAGCUUUUGGAGAAAACUUCUGAGAGCGAGCAGCAAAGAUUGGCACUCCAAGCACGGUUGGACUCUGCAGAAACAAAACUGAACAGGAUGGAUCAGAAUCACAGCUUAGAACUAAACAAUGCUCUUACUAGACUUGAUGAGGAACAACAAAGAAGCAGCAGCCUAGCCCAGGUGAAUAAUACCUUGAGGGAGCAGAUGGAGCAGCUGAAGACAACCAAUGAGAAACUAACUGAGGAGAUAAAGCGCCUGACCUCUGAUCUGCACAAAUCACAUGAGGACCUAGAUCAGCGGGAAGCGGAGUGGCGGAAGGAGCGACAGAAUUAUACAUUCUACUUGAGCAAUGAGCACAGUGGUAUCCUGACACUGUGGCGCAAGGCAGCGGCUCUCCGCAGUCAGUUCCUUGAUAUGCGUGGAAUUACUGAGAGGGGUCUUGCUGAAAUUAAGACAGAUAUUUCCCGCAGCUCCCGGCGAAUGCACACAGCCUGUCUCAACCUUGACUCCAAUUUGCGCUUGUCCCAGAGUGCUGCAGGGGCAUCUCUGCACACUGCUCGCCUUGAGCAGCAGCUCCGGGAUAAAGUGCGGCAAAUGAUGCAGCUGCAGAGUCAGUGGGAUGCAGAAAAAGUAGAGCUGAACUCCAGGGUCUCAGAACUGUCUUUACAGACUGAAAAACUUGUAAGAGAAAACAGUAAAAAAGAAAAAGAAAAGCAAAUUCUAGAGAACAGUGGAUGUGAUACUUUGCAAGAGCUGGAAGGUGUCAGGGAAGAGUGUGAUUCACUGCAGCAAGUACUGAGCUCCAUCACUCAGAUGUGUCAGACUGAUGUAAGCCCAGAUCCCACAUGUGUGGAGAGCACAGGAGUAUCUGCUACAAAUGAAAUGAGACAGUCUGUCUCCCCCCUCUUUGUUUUCAGCUCUUCCCCAAUUCGCAGAAGGUCUCCCACUCGUAUGCGCUCCCCUCAGCGGUCAGAGCUGGCACUGAAGGCAGUGCAGAAUGUUCUGCAGCGACACCAAGACAGGGAAAAGGAGCUACACUCUGAGCUUGCAGCAGCUCGGGAUUCACUGGAGCAAACUAAGAAGCAGCAGGAGAAGAAUCAGCACGUAUCAGAGGCACACACCGAGGAGUUGAAAAAGGAGAACAAGGAGAUUAAUACCAUCCUGGAAAGUGUAAAACAAGAAUUGCAGAGAUGUCAAAACAGCAUAGAACUUCUGACCAGGGAGAAGGAGGAUAUGGAAGAGUCCUUGCAGACAAUAAAGCAAAAAGCUGAAGGCUCUCUGCUGGAAACUGAGAGACUGAAGGCCGUCAAUGCCGAGCUACUCCGACAGAGGGAGGCCUUGGAAGAGCAGAAGGAGGAACUGAAUAGGGAGAGGGAUCGCAGUCAAAAGGAACUAGAGAGAGGGCAGAGGAUCCAAGAGCAACUGGAAGAGAAGGUUUCCAUCCUAAAGAAAGACUUGGUGACUGUCAGGGAGAGUCUGAGUCAGACAGCGCUAGAGAGAGAUGUUCUACAAGGGGAGAAGGAAGCUGUGGCCAGCGCUCUGAGCAAGGCGGAAUCAAGCAGAGCUGAGCUGGAGCUGGCACUUAAUCAGAUGCACAGUGAGCGAGCAACACUAACCGACUCUCUAGCUAAGAUGGGUGCUCUUAAUGAGGGCUUGGCACAGGACAAAGUGGCCCUGAACCGUGUUAUUUUGCAGUUGGAGGGAGAGCGUGCAGCUCUGCAUGAGGAUCGCCGUGCUGGUGAGGCAAACUGUGCUGCUUUGAAAGAGCAGCAGGAAGCUCUGGAACAUGAAGUGUCCCAGUUGCAGGCAGACAGAGUGGGCCUAGAAAGGAGGUGCAGAGAGGCAGAGGAAAAGCACAAGCGGCAGGAGGAGCAGCUUCUUGGUGUGCAUAAGGAAAGAGGCAAACUACAGGACCAAUUGGCACAGGCAAAUACACUGGUGCAAACUCUGCAGGAUCAGCUGAAGGAGAGCCGCAGGGAGAUGGACUUACAAGGAUCAGCUUUGCAGCGUGCAGCCCAGCGUAUGGAGGAACUGACCAGCCAGAACGCUGAGCUUGGUGUGCAGCUUGCAGCACUGGAGGAUGAGAGACAAGAACAUGAAGAAGAAUUUGCCCAGCUCCGAGCGCAGAAGGAGUCACUAGAGAGCACACUGUAUGAGACCCAACGUCGUGCUGCCCAGCUGGAGGAUCGCAGAGAACAAUUGGAAGGAGAGAUCCAUACCCUGACACUUGUCAAGCAGAGUCUGCAAGUGGAGACACAGCGCCAGGCAUUGGAAGCAGAAGAAGCUUUGGCAGGACUUAGGCAGCAGAAAGUCACCGUGGAGCUACAGUUGGCUCAGACUGAACAAGCAGCACAGCUCUCCCUUAGCAAUCAGAGCCAGCAACAUCAGGACACAGUAGAUCGGCUCAAGAGGGAGAAGGAGUCACUGCGCCUGACAAUGAUUGCGGAUAAACAGGAUUCAGUGCAGCGAUUGGAGAAAGAGAAAGAAGACCUUCUCUUUGACCGUGAGAAUGUGAAGCAGAAGCUCAGUGCAGAGAUUUUGCGCCUACAGGAGGAGAGAGAAGAGAGCCUGCUCAAGGUGGAGAGUGAGAAGCAGAAGGCCUUACUCCUUAAGGAGACUGAGAAGAAUUCACUGAGUGAGAAGUUGAUGAACACUCAGAGGGAGCUGUCUGACACCAAAAUGGAGAUGGAACGUUGUAGACGUGAAGCUCAGAUCAAGCAGGAACAGGACAAGACUUCAUUAGAUAAUGUCCUCUCUGAGCUAAAGGCUCUGCAGUCUGAUUUUGAAGAUGCCGUUUCUGCUCACUCAAAGGAAAAUAAGAACCUCCGUGACAGAAUGAAACAGCUGAGCCAAGAGAGGGAAAGUCUGAAUAAAGAGGUAGAAGAGUUGAGGACCCAGUUACGCUUGGCAGAAGAUUCGCGGGAUUCUCUGCGCCGGGACAUAAUUGAAGUGCAGCGCCUUCUUCGUGAGAAGGAAGAAAUAUGUGAAUCACAAAGGAAAGAGACUCUAGAGUUACGCAGAGAUGUAGGUGACCUUACACGUGAAAGAGAAACAUUGCAGAAGUCCAACACUGAGCUGAGAGCCUGCAUAAAGAAAAUAGAAUCGGAGAGGAGCAGCCUGCAGGUAGCGAUGGAGGAGAAACAGCAGCGCAUAUCAGUUCUGCAAGAAGGGAAGUCCUGUGCAGAACGGGAAGCUGCACACUUAAGAGCUACUUUGCGAGAUGUGGAGCGGUCACACAUUGAGGCCCGUAGACAGCUGCAAGAACUGCGUAGACAGGUGAAGACACUGGGUGGAGAGAGCAGCCAAAAGGAGCAGGAGGUUGCAGAACUGCAGGCCCGGAUACAGCAAGAGGAGCAGAAAGAGCAGCAGAGCCGUAGAGAGUCAUUGGAGCUGAGACAGCGUAUAACAGAGAGUGAAUCUGAGAGAGAGGCUGCUCGUAGAGAGAUCUUGACCCUGCAGCAGCAUCUGUCUGCAUUAGAGUCAUCAUCUCGUCAACGAGAGAAAGAGCUGGAACAGCGUCUGAGUGAGAGCCGUGCUGGUGAGCAGCGCUUGCAAGAGGCUUGUAAAUCCCUGCAGGAACAACUGCAACGAUGUACCAGUGAGUCUGGAGACUCACGCCUUCAGCUAGGUGCUUUUGAGGCUAGAGUGCGAGCUCUUGAAGCAGAAUUGAGCAAAUCACAGGCAUCUCGACGAGAAGCAGAGAGCCAUGUCAACGGCCUUUAUUCGGCGCUCAGACGUACUAUUGGUGUUAGGGGUCGAAGCCCAUCUCCACGAAGAGCGCUCUCUUCCACUAAAGGUCUCGAUUCUUCUCAUGGGUCACCAAUGGAGGGCCGAGUGACUCCAUCCUCUCGGGGAGUGUCUCCUGAUCGCAGUCGUUCUCCAUAUCCAGAGCUUGAGCCUGAGCUUGUAAAACAAGCACUGAGAGACUUUAUGCAGGAACUAAGAGACACUCAGAGAGAGAGGGAUGAGGCUGGUAUCCAGGUGCUGUCUCUCCGCAGGCAGCUGGAAGACAGCAUAAAUUCAUGUGAGAGACUGCAGAGUCAGCAGCAGAAAUUACAGAGACAGCUUGCUGACCUCCAAGAAGGGCAGCGUGGAACAGAAGAGCGUUUGGGUACUGCUCACACAGAGAUGCGUCUGUUGCAAGAUAAUCUGCGCCAUUCUGAAGCAGAAAGGCAAGCGUCUGGUGAGAGAAUAAUGGAGUUGGAGCACAGUUUGCGGAUAUGUGAGGAUGAAAACCGAGAUUUCCAGGAUCGUCUGUCUCGAGCUCGAAAUGCAGAGAAUCGCCAGGAGCUGGAAUGCAAGGGUCUAAGAGAGGUGCUAGAGGCCUCAGAGAACCGUGGAACGGAGCUAGAGCUGCGGAAGCGAUCCCUAGAGGGUGAGCUGGAACGCACAAGGAUGAGCCUGGCAGAGAGAGAGGCAGAAGUUCAAACUCUGCAGGAGAGAGCACACCACUUGCAGGAGCAACUGAAAGACAGUGAGGAUAGGGAGGCCUCUCUGCAGACCGAAGUACAGAGGCUGAAUUUGGCUUUAUCCAGGGCACAGGAUGGGGAAAGGCAACUCCAGGAAAAGUCACAAGGCCUGACACAGGCUCUGGGGGAAGCAACAGCUGGUAGAGGUAACCUGCAAGAGGAUGUGAGCAGGUUACAGGGAGCACUGACUGCUGCUGAACAGGACAGGAGAGUGCUUCAGGAGCGCCUGGAUUCUGUGAGGCAGGCAUUGAGUGACAGCAAGAGGCAUAACCUGCGUCUCUCACAGACCAUUCAGGAACAGCAGCAGCAGCUGGAAGAGAUGCACCUGAAUUGCAGAGAGCUGCAGGCACAGUUACAGGAUUUGCAGCAGACCCUGAUAAAACAGCAACAGAGGGAAGAGGAGCAGGGUGCAGCGCUUCUGGAGGUGCAAGAGAAGCUAAAGAUGCUGCAAGGAGACAAGGCACAGGUUGAGCUUGACAAGCAGGAGAUCCAACACUCAGCUGUUCUUUUGGAGAAAGGGAACAACACGCUGAGAGCCACUCUAGACAAGGUGAAACGUGAGCAGCUGCGAAUAGAGGGGGAAGCCCAACGUCUCAGCGUAGAGAAAGAACAGCUUAGCCACUCAGUGAUUUCCUUACGAAAGGACCUUGCUGAAGCACAGAGGCAGAACCAGUAUUUACAGGAGCAAAUGACAGAAAUGGAGCGUAGCCACACGCAGCGACUAAUGGAAGUCAGUCUGCGACACCGCCAGGAGCUAGACUCUGAGAGCAACAGAGCGCACAGUAUUCAGCAGCAGGUGGAGAGUACUCUAGAGUCCCGUGAGAGAUCACACAGGCAAAGAGUGAGAGGGCUGGAGGAGCAGAUAAACAGUCUACAGGAGCAGUUGGAGCAGGAAGUGAGACGCAGACAAGCAUUACGGUCUGCCCAUUGAUUCUUCAAUCACGUGGCUUCCAGGGAGUAACAAUUGUGCAUCCUAUAGGCAUUGACUAUUGGGCAGCAGACUUACCAAAUAAUUCCUGUAACUCAAGAAGACAGCAUAUUUUGGUGCUGUAAAAGCAGCAGGUUAUAUGGCAGCUCUGCCCACCAAACCCUGCAGGGAGCUCUAUUAUACGGCAGCUCUGCUCACCAAACCCUAAAGGGAGCUCUAUUAUACGGUAGCUCUGCUCACCAAACCCUAAAGGGGGCUCUAUUAUAUGGCAGCUCUGCUCACCAAACCCUAAAGGGAGCUCUAUUAUACGGCAGCUCUGCUCACCAAACCCUAAAGGGAGCUCUAUUAUACGGUAGCUCUGCUCACCAAACCCUAAAGGGAGCUCUAUUAUACGGUAGCUCUGCUCACCAAACCCUACAGGGAGCUCUAUUAUAUGGCAGCUCUGCUCACCAAACCCUACAGGGAGCUCUAUUAUAUGGGAGGUCUACCUAUCAAUAUGGGUAUAUUUGGGUAAUAUAAAGAACUAUGAAGACAAUCAGAAUGUUAUCUCUGUGAGACUCAGAAAAUGUACUGUGAGCAAUUCAAAGCAGAGGCAGUGGUGCCAAUACUACCUACAGUAUCUAAAAACUAAUUUAUGGGAAUUCUUGUUUUACUGUGUCUUUUUUACUGUGACAGAUACAGUCUCUUUUACUGUGAAUGUUGGUUUGGGCAAUUCAAUGGACUUUUCCCGCAUGUGUUUAUGUCUGAAUGUUAUAAUUUAAUGGCACCCGUAUUACCUCUGGUAAAACACAUGUAGAGACAGUUAUUAGUAAAUUAUCACAUUGUCUAUUUCUGUAGCCAUGACAAUUAGCUGCAACUAGUAGCUCCUUGUGUCUUCAUCCUUUGGGUGACUAAAUUCUUAAAAAGUCAGUUGCGUGCAGAUUCGCUGUACAGAUUAGUUGGCGUGACUUUUUAAAAAGUUAUGGCUACUAAUCGCUGCAUGUGUCUUUGCUCUUAAUGUUAACGAUGUCCCAAGGAGCGUGUUAGUCGCCCCCGAUAUAGAUCUCUACUAUUGUGAGCAACUUACCACUUAAAAACAGGGUGCUCUAUUUGUAAAAGACUGGCAGUAUAGUUACAACAAUGUUGUGAGAAUUUAGCUGUUCUUUAUCACUUUUUGAAUUGUCCCAUUAUACAAAUUUUUUUGGUUAGGGAAUCUUGCAAUAUUUCUGCAGGAAGGGUCUCUCUGUGGUAUAGAUUCAGUAACACCUAUCUACCAGUUGCCAUAAGGCUAGUUAUAUUUAUUGGGCAGGAAAGAUGAAUUUACUGAGAUUUAAAACUUAUAUUUUAAUUAGUUAUGGUUGCUAAUUUAUAAUAUGCAAUAUGCUUUAUAUGCUCUUAUUCCUCUUCUACUUUUGUUUCUUUUUUGUUGGGAUGGAUUUAUACUCUGCUGCAUUAUAUUGUUGUAUAUUUCUCUGUAAUUCUGAUUUUAAAUAAAGGAUUUAAAAUAUAUAACUACAAA